UUUUUGCGCCUUCCAGGGAUCUCUGUCCUUAUCAGAACUUCUCCUGAUUCCAUCGAGAGGCUUCCUGGUCUAAAAAUAGCACGCGGUUUUAGCUUGUCUGUAAUGUUCCCCUUGUUCCAGAUUUCUCAAGGCGUGGAGCUAUAUGGCUGUUAAAGAUCGCGGUCCAGAAGCCACGAGAAGAUUUUUUAAUUGGUUUUAUUGGAGCAUCAAUCUGGGAGCCAUCGUUUCUCUGGGGGGCAUUGCGUACAUCCAGCAGAACGUGAGCUUUGUCACCGGCUACAUCGUCCCCGCUGUCUGCAUCGGAGUGGCCUUCGUGGCCUUCCUCUGCGGCCAGACCUUCUUCAUCACCAAGCCGCCCGAUGGCAGCGCCUUCACUGACGUGUUCAGGAUCCUGGUGUACUCCUGCUGCCCCCAGAAGCGAAUCAGGGAACGCAGUCCUAGUGGUGAAGGCAUUGGAGUCUUUCAGCAAUCUUCUAAACACAGUCUGUUUGAUUCAUGUAAGAUGUCUCAUGGAGGGCCAUUCCCGGAAGAGAAAGUGGAAGAUGUGAAAGCUCUUGUCAAGAUUGUCCCCGUUUUCUUGGCUUUGAUACCUUACUGGACAGUGUAUUUCCAAAUGCAGACGACGUAUGUUUUACAAAGUCUUCAUUUGAAGAUUCCAGAAAUUUCCAGUAUUACAACCAAUCCUCAUACGUUUCCGGCAGCCUGGCUAACCAUGUUCGAUGCUGUGCUCAUCCUCCUGUUAAUUCCCUUGAAAGAUAAACUGGUGGAUCCCAUCUUGAGAAGAAACGGGCUGCUCCCAUCGUCCUUGAAGAGGAUCGCGGUGGGCAUGUUCUUUGUGAUGUGCUCGGCCUUCGCAGCAGGAAUUUUGGAAAGCAAACGGCUAGACCUCGUGAAGGAGAAGACCAUUAACCAGACCAUUGGAAAUGUCAUUUACUAUGCUGCGGAUUUGCCAAUCUGGUGGCAGGUCCCUCAGUACGUGCUGAUUGGCGUCAGUGAAAUAUUUGCGAGCAUCUCAGGCCUGGAAUUUGCGUACUCGGCCGCCCCCAAGUCCAUGCAGAGUGCCGUCAUGGGGCUGUUCUUCUUCUUCUCUGGCGUCGGGUCCUUCGUGGGCUCAGGACUGUUGGCACUGGUGUCCCUCAAGGCCAUCGGGUGGAUGAGCUGCCACACGGACUUCGGCCUGCUUGUCCUCAUUAUUAUUAGUAUUUAGAUUGGGGGUCACAUCCGUACUGUGAAGGGCACUGGUCUUAAGUGCAGCUUGGUGUGCAUUUCAUCCAGAUCAAAAUGCAGGGCGUGGAAGGGUUCCUUCUGUCCUUUCUGAGUUAAGCCCCCGGCAAGAUGAACUCUGUUCUGACGUCGGCCCUGCCGAGUCCCGUGGCCUCUCUCGUCCUCUGCCGUGGCCUUUCACUCAGCACUGAGUUCUCAGAGUCAUCCCAGUGAUUGGUUCCUUGUUAUUUCUGCAGAGUAUCCGUCGUAUGAAUAAGUCAGAAUUCAUUUAUCUGUUCUGCUGCGUGUGGGUGUUGGUGGUGUCUCCAGCUGGAGGCUGUCACAAAUAAAGCAGCUGGGAAUGUUCCUGUGCAUAUGUCUGGGGGACACAUGAAGCUUGUUAAUUGGGGCCCAGGAGUCAGUCUUAUCAAAUGUGAAACACCCAGAGUUUACCGUCUUUAUAUGCAAUUACCUUCCGUCUGUGAAGAGGCCCGAGAAAGUACAGGGUGAUCACUUUUAGGUGGUGGACCCAGUUCUGAGUACCCUUCCUAACGCCAGACUGCGACCGGCCGUGGCAGGGAAAACACAGUGUACGGUUUGCUCGGCCUGCCAGCUUUGAGCUUUGGAAGUUGUAAAUGACUCUUUUGUUUGGGGAGGUUGAUGUUUCAGAGCUGUGGCACUUCGAACGGCGUGAUUGGUGUUCUGACGACAGCCUUGCUGGGGUGGCACCAACCAGCGCUGCGGCGCUGGCGUCUGCAGACCAGGGUGCAGGGGGUCUGUGUGCAGGGUGGAGCCCGCCCGCAACGAGGGCCAAACCACUGUUUUCCACUCUCUGACCACUGCUGAGUAAACAACACAGUCUGGUAGAAAUUCUGGGUAUCACUGGGUCUCCCCGCAAAGCAGCAAACAUGUGAGGUCAUUUUCUCCUACAGCCUGAAGGGGUGAGAGUUCUUUAAAAACACGUGAGUGCUUACUAUACAGACGUGUGUGUUAUAUCUGUUCAUUAGUUCUGUUAAAUAAAAGCAGUGUUAAACAUCUGAUUUUCAUGAGAAUACGUUCAGAUAGAAAAAGGAAGUUCCAGAAUAACCCAGCUUGACAGAGACCUUCAGAGGAAAGGAAGUCUGGCAUUUUAAAUAAGCCAACGGGAGACGCUUUUGAAGCCGGUCAGACAGCACAGCAGCCUUCCUCCUAAGACGCCAGCGUCCUCCAGAGACGCUGCUGGCGCAACGCCCCCCUGCUCCUCUGUUCGGCAGCGUGUCCGGCCCCUUCCGGUGGGUGACCGGCGGUGUCAGCGGUAGACUCCCAGGGCUGUGGCAACGCCGUCUUUGUCGGGAGCCGGGGUGGCGCGCUGUGUGCGGUUCUGGCGUCCCCUCCACACAGCCCUGCGUCUCCAUGCCGCGUGGCCGCUUCUCGGGGGAUAGACGGCAGGUUUCCAGCCCUGCUGGCCCCGGACCUACGUGUGGACUGGGGCUCCUAGCGGGGCCCCGUGAGGAGGAGGCGGCCGCGUGGCCCGGGUGCUGUUUCCACAGGCAGGGAACCUGGGCCCAGAGACCAAGACGCUGGGGCCUGAGCCUCCUCGGUGGAGCUGCGCGGUCCGUGCCCUUCACCUCCGCCGCCUGGGCGUUGAUCGGGCGCUGAACGGAGCCUGGCACGUGGGACGCCUCGCGUGGUGCUCAGGGCACAGCCGACCAUUCAGUGUGCCAGCUCUUAGGGGUAAAGGGGGCGCCUUUGUACCACCCUGCAGCCUGAAGUUUUUAAGGAGAAACGUGAAGAGCAAGCUGGUGCCUUCCCCUAGCGCGUGGAGUGUGUGUUCAGCCGUCUGUCCCUGCCUGUGAUGGUACUUUGUUUGAUGUCGGGUGACGACACGGGAGUCCAGCACUCACACCUGGCGUGACGUCCAGGCUGCGUCCUGGCCCGACGCGCGGUCUUGGCAGGUGUGCAGACCAUAGACCCAGGCGAGGAGGGCCGUCCGCUGCGGGAUCUGACGUGGAGACGGUGGGGGGCUCCUCCUCACGUGGGGAGCAGGAGGCCCCAGCCCGGAGCCCGUGCUGAGGCACAGAUGACUUCACAGUGGCUUUGCAAACAAAGCACUCGUGUAUUUUGAAUUAGGGCUGGGAUUCUUUUCUCUCUUCCUUUUUUUUCUUUUUUAAUGACCACAGUUAAAAGUCACCCUGACCUUCACAGGAACCAAGUUAAUAAAUAAAAUCUUUUAAACUCUCUCUCUAAGUGCAGCUUCCGUGCUUCUUUCUUUCCUUUU